AUGGCCUCGGCCAAGGGCCGUUCCUGGGAUGCUGUCGGCUUGGCGACGGUAGGCUUCUUGGGUGUGCUGGGCGUGCGCCGCCGGGCGGAGCUGCCGCCUCGUUCUGGGCACCAGGAGCUCAAGCUGCCCAGUGGUCCGCUGUGCAUCGUCACGGGCGCCUCCUCAGGGAUGGGUGCCGAGGUUGCAUGGGGACUGGCAGAGGCCUGGGCACCUUGCAGCCGGGGCCAGCCGGGUGUGGAUGGCCUGCCGCAGCUUGGAGCGCUGCGAGCAGGCACGCGGCGCAGGGGUGGCACGUACGGUGGCACAAUGGCACGUGCCGUGGAGAUGGGCCUUGCGGAGGCCCGUGCCAGGAUGUUUUCACGGUGCGUUGCCUCCUUGGACAGCGCAGGCCAGCAGUCGAGCUUGACAUGUGAGAUUGUCUGGAUUAAUCAAUCAAGUCACUUCGAUGCGCAAGUUCGGGGCCCCUGUUUGCAUGUCCAGUGCGGAGGCUCUGACUAUGAUAUGGCUUCGGCUCGUGUGUCGGCCACCUCCCUCCGUGCAGCCAGGUUGGAGUGCAAGACGCUGGACUUGACAAGCUACCAGCUCCUCGGUGAACUGCUAAGCAUGUUCCACGCAGUUGAGUGUCAGGAUCUCACCCGCUCUGUGAGCUCCGUUUCCUGUGGCUUGCUGGUCUGCAUGGUUUGCAAGCUUGCAACGGUUGGUCCCCUGGUGUCAGGAAGUUUCAAAGUCAACAGCGUGUCCAUGUUCGUCAGGUCGAUCGAAACCUUCGUCAAGGAGACCGCAAGCCAAAGUGCGCAGCUUGUGCUGGUCAACAAUGCUGGUGUCAUGGGGGACCCGGAUUGUGAUCUUGAAAAGCACUCUGGGAACGAGCCUGUGGAUGCACAAAUGCGCACAAACCACUAUGGCCACUUUCUGCUAACCACAAUGCUGCUGCCGAGCAUGGACCCGUCGUCUAUCCUGGUGGUAGUUGCAAGCAGGGCGCAUCGACAAGGGUCUCUGACAAUUCAAACCCGUGAUCCCGAGGUCGUCCUGAGGAGUGAAGAGAUUCAGGGAUCUCCUCCUUAUGCUCAGCUGUUGCACGCACUUGGGCUUGGCUGGUAUGCUCGCUAUGCCCGGUCGAAGCUGUGCAACGUCCUUUUCGCAGCAGAGCUACGCAGAAGAUAUCCUCAUGGCCCGAUCAGCGUUGCAGUCUCCCCUGGCCUCGUGAACACGGGAAUCUUUUCAUCUGUUCCGGCACCUCUGGGCAAAGCUCUAAGCUGGUGUGCGGAGAGGCUCUUCCAGACGCCGCAGGAGGGCGCAGGCCACAUCCUUCAGGCGAUUGCGGCCGCACACGCCGCGCAAGAGGCGCGUGCUGCGGUCUCGGCAAAAGGGGGAGAGGUCAACUUGGAGCUACCCCUGUACUGGCACUGUGGACAGCCGCAGGAACCCUCCCAAGCAGCCAUGAACGAAGACCUGGCCAAAGCACUCUGGCAUGCCAGCGAGCAAGAGCCUCGGCCUCCCGCUGCCAUCUUGCAGAGUGUGGCAGAGGAGAUCAAGCAGGAGUUGAAGGAAACCGAGUACCAGGGUGUUGCAGCGCUCCUUGCCUUCUGCUUCGGCACCGUCCUCGUCUUCAACGGCGACUUUUCCUUCAAGGGGAUCAUCGCCUGUUCUGUGUUUGUAGUGGUUGGCAUCACGGCGAUGAACGAAGUGAAUGAUUGGGGUCACAUGGCCCGGUCAGUCGUCGGUUUGGAGGCCGGUUUUGUCGGAGCCUUUGCUGCGUACCGCGGCAUGGACGGCAUGGAAAUCACGGUAGGAGCUUUUCUGGGCGUACUGUUGGCGCUGCGACUGCUGCAUCUUCUCAGUGCGCUCGGCCUUCAUUUCGUUACAGACCACAGGUGGGUGACGUUGAGUUUCUAUACGCUCUUCGUUGCCGCUGGGGUCAUGUUGUUCUUCCGGAAGCAUCAUCUCAGGUUGCUCGCAUUGCUUUCUGCAGCCAUCGGCGGAGCCUUCUGCACCUCUGCUCUUGCGUUUGCGGUAACCGACCUGGCCCGGAAGGGGUAUCUGGCAUUCUUGAUGCAAGCGUUGCCGGGCCUCAAGCCUCGAGGAGGAACAUGGGUAGAGUUCUUUGACAUGCUCUGGUCGCCGGGGGCCGAGGAGUUGGGCUUGUUUGCCGGCUCAAAGUACGAUCCUGUCGUCGAGGGACGAGUGUAUAGCAUAGACCGCAUGGCCGACCUUGGUCUCUGGUUCAUCUUCUUCGUCGUCGGGUCCGUCGUCCAGAUCAGGAAGCUCAGACCCGCUGCAGUGGAAGACGUCCGGGCCCGAGUCGGAAGCAUCUGGAGGCACGGAAGCCGCUCCUCGGCGAGCUGCCGAGAUAGUGUGGCCGAGAGACGCCGUUCCAACGGCUCUGGCCACUGUAGGCCCGGCCUCUUCAUGCUGACUUCCUGCAAUGGCAGACAAAUGCCAGGAAGCUUAUCCGCGCCUAUGCCCGCGCAGCGGCGCAGUUCAUUCUUAAGGUUGCUUUCGUUUCCUGGGCUUCACGCUGGCAGAGGUUUCCAGAUGAAGUUUCGCCAGAGACGCAAUUGGCUUCUUUCACAGGAAGCGUCGAGAGGCAGGAAGACGCAGAGGCCACAGCGGCCCGGCCUAAUGCAGUUUCCAGCCUUUGCUGCGAGAUUUGCUGUUGUGAAUGCAGAGCGCCUGUUUCCACUGUUCGACAGCUCUCGACAUUCGCAGAAGAGGGAAGAGAAUGUGGAGAGAGAGGAGCAGUUCCGCUACCAGGAGCUUUUCUUCGACGCACAGCACAGGGCAGAGCUGGCCGAGAGGCAGGUACUGGAGCUGGAAGAGAGGCUCCGCCAACUCGCCGAGCAGAGGCCUGAGCCGCAGGCCGAGGGCAACCCAGCGCUUCCAGGAAGGUUGGUGCAGUCCCUACUUGCAGACGGCAGCUGUCAGUUGCUUCGGCUAGUCCUUUGCUCCUGGAGGAGCCUGGGAUGUCGAAGCCCGGCAACUCGGCGCUCUGAGCUGGUCGUCGCAAGGCGGGCGGCCGCCACUGCUCGAAUGGCUUUCCUUGCGUGGUUUGAAUUCAUCAACUGGGGCGCCACUCAGGCCUCUCCGUGGAUGCAUGGAACGUUGACAUCGUUGGGUCGACCAGGCAAAGAAGCUGCGCUGGCCCUGCGCGCUUUCCUGGGCUGGGCCAGCGAGCUCUGGCACUUACGGCGGUGCCGCCAAGCUGCGCGAGCGGCAACGGACACAGGACUUCGAAAUGCUUCCCGGAACCUGGCUGAGGUCAUCGAAUUCGCCUUCCAUGGUUGGCAGUCCGAGACCUUUGGAAGAUAUUCCUGGUUGGAGAUGCGCCGGGCUCAUACAUCCGAGGAGAAGUGGAAGCGCUCAGCCACAGCAUCACUUGUGAUGACGGCAUGGCAUCACCGCGCACAGCAGUGUUCGCGCCUGCGUUUUACCCUCUCGACGAAGGAGCUUGCCUUUCAGCGGCUGGUUCUAGGCGCGUGGCGACUGGCCCUUCCAGACCUGCAGCCAG